AUGAACGAUGGGCUUGAUUGGGCGUUUCAUCCCUGUUGUUGGGGCGGGCCCUGCAUCAAAUCGUCGCCCCGGAUCUCGCUUCGUCUCCUUUCUUACUCCCCGACUUGCUUUCUGACCCUCUGCCUUUUCUUCUUCCAUGCCCGCGCCUUCUCCUUUCACCCUGUAACCCAAUCUAUCCUUCAGGAUGGGCCUUCUGGACCGGCUCCGGGCCCGUCCCCGGCGCAGCGGGGGCGCUGCGUUCUCCCCUCCGAGCACGAGACGCCGCCCCGCUCCGCCAGGCUUGCCGGUCGCGAUUAUACCAGAAAGCUGCCCCGUCCGGUGCUGGCGUAUAUCUUCGCCCUGGUCUGCCCCCACACGGUCGACAACUCCUAUGAGACCUCCGAGGAGUCCAUGACCGAUGGCUGUAUGCUAUGUGACAUGCGCGAUCUGGCGCACUGCGCGCAGUUCUCCUCCAGAUACACACAUGUCCGCAUCGACCCUGUUCAUUACUGCGAGCUCGAAGUCGAGCUCGCCGCCAAGCGGAAACGCCGUUCCUUCUUUGACCGCAACGGUGACCCGAUCGAUGCGCCGCAAGUCCGGAUUGAGCUCUUGAUGCGAACAGUCCGAGAGUCGCAAGGGUUGGCAAAUAUGGUCGUCUCCCUCCGCAUGCCGUACAUGACUCGCGAAGCCAACAAAUCGACCAUCGCUCGCACCAUCUCCGUCCUUCCCAACCUCCAGUUUGUGGAUCUGCCCUCCGGCCUAUUUAGCGAUGAGCCUUCCUGCUUGGCUCUGAAACAGGAGCUGGUGGCUCGUUGCCCCGAUCUUCGUCGCAUGAGCUAUCGCCACGGAGCCGAGGGAAGCUUCGCCCGCAUCCCGGGCUCGCAGAUGUGGGUCAAUCUGGAGAAAUUGGAGCUUUCAGGGCUGCAAAUAGAAGUCAGUGUUCUUCGGAAUGGCCUGGCAUCCUUUCCGCGACUGCGGGACUUGAGCCUCGAGAAUCUUCCCUGGCUGGACGAUUCGGCAUUCGCGUUGAACGGACCUCUGCCGCCUUUCCCUGCCUUGAAGCAGCUUACGAUUCGAGAUACCCCCAGCGUUACGGCAAGCGGGCUUGUCGCGCUCCUUUCCUCCCCCACAACCCGAAAGGCGCUGCAGUCGUUAACGAUCGACUCGACAGGGGUCCUGCCUUCGACUCUCCACCGGAUUCUCUCCACUGCCCCGCAGCUCCAAAGCCUCUCCAUUGUGCAGGAGGUGUCUCGGUCCUUCCCAGUCGAGCAAGUUCCUCCCCUGCUGUCCAAGUCGCUUCGCAUGCUUCAUUAUGAAAUCACCUCGGAGACUGAAACCAAUGGUCUGCCACCCGCUGCGGGCUCCUACUAUACUUACCUCAUUUCCUCCUUGAUGUCUCGCGCGCUGCCUGCGCUGCGGGACCUAUAUGUCCGUGAUGCACAGUUCCCAGAUACUCUGUUACUGGCACCACCGCCGAGGCUCUUCGGCGGGGGUGAGAAUGGGCCUCAAUUUGGCGGGGGUGGUCUUUCGCAACCGCUGAACGUGUACAGCAAGGGUCUGGACGAGCUUGAAUGGAACUUCACUCCAUACGAUCCCGACCCUGCCCUGGGACGAGGCAGUGCCAAGACCCGCCCACUCAGCUUCCAAGAGGCCCAGUUGAGUCGAUCGUGGGGCGGAGAUGCGCGCAAGAGUGUGCUCGUUGGGAACGGUUUUGGCGGGUUCCUGGCCGUUCCGGCUGACGAGGGCCCACGACCCAGAAGCAGCAGCGGACCCAAGCGAGCGAGCAAGCAGGACCUGUGGCGCUGA